AUGAUGGCUGACGAAGAGAAAACAACCGACAAUGACCUCAUGUUGGCAGCUUGCAGAAACGAUCUAGAUGAAAUGUUGGAGGAUAUCGUCAAGGAAGGCGAUUUUGACAUCAAUCACACUGACGAUUUAGGUGAUACAGCUCUUCAUUACACAGCUCGCUUUGGAUCACUGACAUGCAUGGAAUUACUGCUAAAGAUGCCUACUAUCCAUGUCAAUCUCAAGAACAAAAAGGAAGGCAACACACCGCUGCAUUUAGCAGUGCAGUAUGAAGAGGAUCCAGAAGUUGCGCUCAACAUGGUGGAUAUACUGAUUGAUGCUGGAGCUGAUCCAAGGAUCCAAAAUAACGCAAAGUCAACAGUCGAGGAUUAUGUCGUUGGUCGAAGUGAUGAUAUGAGAGAUUUGAUCGACCGAGCUGUCGCAGGCUACGAUAUGGAGGACGGUUCGGAUGAUGAGGACCACACUGUCAUUUUCAAAUAA